UCUGUGGUCCGAAUAAUUUUAUGGCAGUUUGUGGCUUACUCUGAUUAUUUUUUUGAAUAAUGGAGGCCCUUAUUCCCGUCAUAAAUAAGUUGCAAGAUGUCUUUAAUACAGUGGGAUCUGAUUCCAUUCAUUUGCCUCAAAUCGUCGUUCUUGGAUCACAGAGUUCCGGAAAAAGUUCAGUAAUAGAAAGUUUGGUGGGCAAGUCGUUUUUGCCUCGCGGUACCGGUAUUGUUACAAGGAGACCUUUAAUUUUACAAUUAGUAUAUUGUCCAAAAGAAGACAAAGAACAUAGAAAUGCCAAGGAUGGAACUAUUGAAUUGGAAGAUUGGGGAGUAUUCCUACAUGCCAAAGACAAGAUCUUUCGAGAAUUUCAGGAUAUCAGGCAGGAGAUUGAAGAAGAAACCAAUCGUAUUGCUGGAAGUAACAAAGGAAUUUGUCCCGAACCUAUCAAUCUUAAAAUUUACUCCACGAAAGUUGUAAAUUUGACUUUAGUUGAUUUGCCUGGAAUAACAAAGGUUCCAGUGGGUGACCAACCUGCCGACAUUGAGCAGCAAAUACGGGAACUAGUAACAAAAUACAUAGCAAACCCAAAUUCAAUAAUAUUAGCAGUUGUUACUGCAAACACUGAUAUGGCUACAUCAGAGAGUUUGGCAAUCGCCAAAGAUGUAGAUCCAGAUGGACGGAGAACCUUAGCGGUUGUAACAAAGUUAGAUUUAAUGGAUGCUGGUACUGAUGCAAUUGAUAUUCUUUGUGGCCGAGUAAUACCUGUUAAGUUGGGUAUUAUAGGAGUUGUAAAUAGAUCUCAGCAGGAUAUUAUUAACAAUAAGAGUAUAAAGGAGUCAUUAAAAGAUGAAGCAACAUUUUUACAAACAAAAUAUCCUACCUUAGCUACAAGAAAUGGCACACCCUACUUAGCAAAAACUUUAAAUCGACUUCUCAUGCAUCACAUUAGGGAUUGCUUGCCUGAUCUUAAGACCAGAGUAAAUUUAAUGAUAUCUCAAUUCCAAUCAUUGCUCUAUUCCUAUGGGGAAGAUAUUUCUGAUAAGAGCAAAACUCUUCUGCAAAUAAUAACCAAAUUUGCCUCGGCAUACUGUUCAACAAUUGAGGGCACUGCUAGAAAUAUUGAAACUACUGAAUUGUGUGGUGGUGCUAGAAUAUGUUAUAUAUUUCAUGAAACCUUUGGACGUACUUUGGAUUCAAUACAUCCUCUUGCUGGAUUAACAAAAAUGGAUAUUUUAACAGCCAUAAGGAAUGCCAAUGGGCCACGCCCCGCACUCUUUGUGCCUGAGGUGUCUUUUGAACUACUAGUCAAGAGACAGAUUAGGCGGUUAGAAGAGCCUUCUUUGAGAUGUGUUGAACUAAUCCAUGAAGAAAUGCAACGUAUUAUACAGCAAUUUUUAGGACUUGACAUCCUAAUGCACUGCGGCAGCGAGGUUCAGCAGGAGAUGCUCCGGUUUCCAAAGCUCUAUGAAAGUAUAGUUGACGUGGUCACGCACCUGUUGAGGAGAAGGCUGCCCACCACCAAUAAUAUGGUGGAGAACCUCGUCGCCAUAGAAUUAGCUUACAUCAACACCAAACACCCGGAUUUUUAUAAAGAAAUCGCCAUGGUUCCGUCGAUGAUCAAAUCAGAGGGAUCCAGACCUGGGAGACCCAAAAGUAUGUAUGGGAAAAUGGCUGCCCUACACGCUCAGGAACCGCAGGAAUUGAUAACAAACGGUCCCACAUCCCGCGUGUCUUUCAAAACGGAAAGCAAAAGGAAAGAGGCCAAAUCGUCCAGUAAUCCCCAACUAAAUAACGACGAUGCAACGUCUUGGGUCUCUAACCUCACUUCAGUUCAAAACGGAACCAAAGAAAACGAUAUCGAUCGUCCGAUACUCGACGCCAGAGGUGAAGCCGAUCUCAGAUCUGUUCUGAGUCCUGACAAGCCGGUUAAUUUAUUACCGCAGGUUCCUAUAAAUAGUAAUAGUUUCCGGAAGUUAUCUGAAAACGAGGAGCAUGACUGUGAAAUCAUAGAACGUUUGAUUAAAUCGUACUUCUAUAUUGUUCGGAAAUCAAUCCAGGAUACUGUUCCAAAGGCGAUAAUGCAUUUUCUAGUCAAUUUCGUUAAGGACAACUUGCAAUCGGAAUUGGUUACUCAUUUAUAUAAAUCAGAUAACGCCGACCAGUUGUUGGAUGAAUCUGAGCAUAUUGCUCAGAGAAGAAAGGAGGCCGCGGACAUGUUAAAGGCGUUGCAGAGAGCGUCACAUAUUAUAAGCGAAAUCCGAGAGACUCAUAUGUGGUAAUCAAGAUUUGCAGUUGAAGUAGUAGGUGUCUUUUUUGGAUUGGAUGCGCCAUCGUCAGACUAGUCAAAAGAAUCCCGACCGUUUCACGAAAUCGUAUCACCUCUUUAUAUGUCACACUAUAUGUAAUUUUUGACACUGUUAUUGUUAUAAUAGACUUAUUGUCCAAUAGUUGGAAAUUAUAAUAUUUGAA